GAGUUAUGUCCCUUGAUAAAUAGCCAACAUGGUGGAUUUUUUGUUUAUAGUUGUUCACGUGUAGAAAACUAGUGGACGAUAUGGCUAAACGUGGCCAUGACCAUGACGAUGAACGUGAUCAUCAGUACAAGCGACAUAGGGACGACGAUGGCGGGGACGUCCCAGCUCUCUACAGCAUAUUUCAUGGAGAGAUUGCAUCAGUACAGAACUAUGGAGCCUUUGUGAAAAUACCAGGAUGUCGAAAACAAGGCCUUGUCCAUAAGUCUCAGAUGUCGAGAGCCAGGGUGGAAGAUCCGUCAGAGAUGGUGUCAUUGAGGGAGAGGGUGUAUUGUAAAGUCAUCAGUAUUGAGGGGGAGCAUCAGAAGAUUGGCCUGUCUAUGAAAUAUGUCAAUCAGACAACAGGGCAGGACUUGGACUCCAACAACGUGCAGGGCAGCAUGGACGACCGGAGGAGGAAGCAGGGCUUCAGUUCUGAACGGCCAAAGAUCGAACUAGGAGCUAUCUACGACACAAAGUGUGCAAGAUGUGGAACUCGGGGCCACCUGUCCAAGGAGUGCUAUGCAGAAAGGGGAGGUAAGCAGUAUGACCUGAUCCCAGACUUGGAAAAGUAUGUGCCGGACUCCCAACCUCCGGCGCAGUCUCCUGAAAAAAAGAAGAAGAAAAAGGAAAGGAAACAUAAGAAAGAGAAGAAGAACAAGAAGAAGAAGAAGCACAGACAUUCUUCCUCCUCCGAUGAGAGCGACAGAGAUGCCAAGAGGAGAAGGAAAUCCGGCCAGAAGAAGAAAAAGCGUCACCACAGCAGUGAUUCCAGUGACAGCUGAGUGACAGGUGACAAGGACAACAUGUGAGAUUGUGUUGACAUUGCAGUGUGAAAUAUACAACCAUCACCGGAUAAGGGUUGUCUAUUUCAGAAACAUGUUCUGCUGUUGUAAGUGGGGAUUUACCUGGACUUACAGCAAAUGUCUGUCCCACAUCGGAUUUAUAAAUGCCCAGUUCAUGUCAGUGUGGUUAUAGGUGCUCUAUUGUUAUGGUUUUGGCAAGGAGGACGAGUCUUUAAUGCUUUGUUUAACCUUCAUGCAAUGUUAAAAAAAAUGCCUUUGAAUUUAAUAAAUAAAUAAAAAAGAUUAAGUCCAAUUUUUUAACAAAAUAACAAUUUUUGCCACUGCUAAGGGAUCUGAGUUUGGAGGGUGGCAGGGUAGUCCAGUGGUUUAAGCUUUUGCUUGUCACGCCAAAGAUAUGGGUUCAAUUCUCAACAUGGGUACAAUGUGUGAAACCCAUUUCUGGUGUCCCCCGUGGCGUAAAACCAAACUCACUCACUCCCUCACUCACUCACUCACUCACUCACUCACUCACUCACUCACUCACUCACUCUGAGUUUGGAAUCAUGAGUAGAUUCCUUAUUCCUCAUAGUUCUGGAGGGGGAUGUGCUCAGUCAAUGCAGGCCGAUUAAUGUCCUCUGCAAACUGGAUUGUUUCUGGAUGCAAUGUUAUGUUAGUCAGUUGUUGGUUUUGUGCCCUCUGCGUGUUCCUGAAGCUGUCAUGGUAUAUACACUAGCUGUCCUGUGUAUAUCAUACUGAUUGACUUGUAUAUAGCGUCAUGUUCAUACUUGAUUAAACCAUUGAAGCUUA